UGUGGGGUAAGAGUUUAAGAAGAAAAUGAAAGAAAAAGGAAAGACUUGAAGGAAACAUUGAGGAAAAGAAGGCACUCUGUUUUCUGUUUUUUUAACCUCAGUCAUGGCUCAUCACUCUUCACUCUUCUCCCUGCAUGAAACUCCUUCCUAUUGUUGUACGGUUGGGUCAGUCUCCUAUUUCACAACGAUGUGAAGGCGUUACCGUAGGAGAUUAAUCGCUCUACCUCCGCUUCUAACUAACUUUACUUUCCCUCCAAACGCUUCCUUAACAGAUUCUAACAAACUCUCACAGCGAUGCUGGAUCUUAACCUCAACGCAGAUUCCCCCUCCGACAACAACCACACGCCUCCGCUCUCCGUCGCUCAAAUGGAGAGCUCCGGAAGCUUCAAUUCCUCCGUUGUCAAUGCUGCCGACACCGAUGACUCCUGCUCCUACGGCGACGCCGUCGCCUACAACUUCGCCAUCCUCAACAGCAACACCGCUUCCCCCUCCGCAGGAGAAUCCUCUGUCCGCACCAUCCAGCUCUUUCCGGCUACAGACUCAGGAGUCUCGCCGACUUGGCUGGACUUCUCGACGAAGGUGGAUCAGCACGGUGCCGCCUCGGAGCAGAGGAUCACUCCGCGGCAGCCGCUGGUGAAGAAGAGCCGCCGUGGACCGAGGUCGCGGAGCUCGCAGUAUCGCGGCGUCACUUUCUAUCGCAGGACAGGAAGAUGGGAAUCUCACAUUUGGGAUUGUGGCAAACAAGUGUACUUAGGUGGAUUUGACACGGCGCAUGCUGCGGCAAGGGCUUAUGAUCGCGCUGCGAUCAAGUUCCGCGGGGUUGAUGCGGAUAUCAAUUUCAACGUUAGCGAUUACGACGAGGAUAUAAAGCAGAUGAGUAAUUUCACGAAGGAGGAGUUUGUGCAUAUUCUGCGUCGACAGAGCACGGGUUUUUCAAGGGGAAGCUCCAAAUACAGGGGAGUUACUCUGCAUAAGUGCGGGCGAUGGGAAGCUCGUAUGGGGCAGUUUUUGGGUAAAAAGGUUUAUCGCUGUAGGUAUAUAUAUCUUGGGCUAUUCGACAGCGAGUUAGAGGCUGCAAGAGCGUAUGAUAGGGCUGCUAUAAAAUGCAAUGGAAGGGAAGCAGUUACAAACUUCGAGCCCAGCAUAUACGAAGGGGAGGUGAUUUCCCAAUCUGAUAAUAAUGAAGAUGGCAAGCAAAAUCUUGAUCUUAACCUGGGCAUAGCUCCCCCUUCUUACUCUGACUCUCAAAUCAAGAACACACCCAGCAACGGAAGUGGUUUGAAAGGUCCACCCAGCUGGGAUGAUAUCCCUGUCGAAAAGAGAUUUAUGUUUGAGCACUCUGGAUCGAGAUCACUGAAUGUUCAGGCAUCUCAAGGCAUCUACAGGGUAUCUGGGCAUCAUCCUUCCACAUGGAAUGGUAGCAAUUUCUUUCCCAUCUACGAGGAAACAGCAAUAGAGAAGAGGAUGGAAGCUGGUCCCAUGCCUAAUUGGGCAUGGCAAGUCCAAGGUCCGUAUGGCGGGCCAACUCUUACUCCACCGUUCUCUACUGCAGCAUCAUCAGGAUUCCCUUCAACAAUAAUACCAUCAGCUGCGGAUACUCAAAUUCAUUUUCCAAACAUGACUUUCCUCCACUCACAUUUUCCACCAUCGAUCACCAACUCGGGCACCGUAUCCCCUUUCUUCAUCGGUAGCUGAAUGCAUUGCUAGGUUUUAGAGCGUAUGGUUGACACGAAACGAGUAGGACCAGCUACAACUAGUAAUUGAAUUGUUUGGUUCUGGAGCUAUUACUAUUUGGCCUUUAAUAUACUAAUUUUCUUCAAUGUAAAGAAAUGCCAUGCUAGUCGCGAAGGCAUGAUGAACUCUGCUUUUACUGGUUUGAGACUACUACUAUAAUGAGUUAGCAUUUACUUUG